CGUCCUUCGGGAUAAUUGUGCGAGUGAUAAGAAAAGACCCCGUCCACGGCACGUUAUCAGUAUCAUCCCAUACCACCAGCUGAGCUUUGCAUCGUUACGAACUGGUGCGUGAAGUGCAAAAUUGUUACCGCCCUUUACUACUAGUUGACACAGUAAUAUUUUGUCUCGGGCUACUGCGAACGCGAUCAAGAUCGCUCUCUCGGUCCUCUCAGAUCGCUGUGCGAACGUUCUACGAACCGCUUUGUGUGCCUCGUUGUUUGAGUCAUCGUGGGCAUCGACUCGGUAGUGGAGUGCGAUAAUAAGGGCUGGACUUGGACAUCCUUGAAAAAACAGUCGAGUGGGAAGCUUACACAAAGCAUUUGGACGAGCAUUACAUACUCCUGCGUGAAGCUGUGUGAUUUUUGUUUCUGGUCCUCCACAUGAGGCGGUAAACGGCGGUAAACCAGUGUACAAAAGAUAACCGCCACGGAAGGCAGACAAAUUUUGAGUCUGCUUGAGCACGAAUAAAGCGACUUCAUCAAGCUGAAAUCCGCGGCGGUCUGUUCACAUUCACAACAAUGGCUGAAAAUGAAGACGAUUCGGCUUCCACCGUGGAGCGUUCCGCUGGUCCGGAACAGAGGCCUAAGCUGAUCACCAUAGAACCAGCCGUGCUUCUGAUUUUCUUCGCUUGGAACGUCUCAGCGGCCGUAUUUGCAAACCAGAUCGUCUACCAAACGUGUACGGUUACGCUGGGAAAGAAUGAAUCGCUUUGUGCGCAGCUCGGAACGGAAAAUGAAACGAAGGAAGUUAAGGAUCUCGAGAAACAGGUGCAACCGUACUCGGCAAACAUUUUGAUGGCGAAAUCUUUAGUCGAGUCGAUCGUUCCGGCACUGUGCAGUAUGCUGAUUGGUCCGUGGUCCGAUAGAUACGGUCGGAAACCGGUUCUUAUAGCUUGCUUCACGGGAACGUUCCUCACCUACGCGAUCGUGGCGCUCAUCAGCUUCCUUUCCAUGCGCAUCGCCAUCAACCCGUGGUUCUACAUUCUCGCCUCCGUCACGACGGCCCUGACCGGCGGUACCUGCGCCCUGAUAACGGUGAUCUUUUGCUACAUUGCAGACAUCACGACGGAAAGCAAUCGUGCCAUGAAGAUGGCAUUUUUGGAAGCCUCAAUAUUCGCAGGACUCCUAAUAGGAACGCUAAGCAGUAGUUUUAUUCUGCGCUGGACUAAUGCCUGUACGGUAUUUACGGCCGGGGCCGUAUCGGUGUUUCUCGCUUUGGUGUACAUAUAUUUUUUCAUCGAAGAAAGCAUUAAACCGAACGAUCUCGGAGUAGCUAAUAGCAAAAUACGUGAACUGUUCCGUUGGGAUUUGGUAACGGAGCUCACGCAAACAUGCUUUAAGCGUCGGCCGAAUUAUGAUCGGCUCAUCAUUUGGCUAACGAUAGCAGCUCUAGGACUCAACAUUCUUGCGAUGGAUGGUACACAAACGGUGUAUUUGUUGUUCCUGCGUGAACAAUUCGGAUGGACGGUGAAGGAUUACUCUUUCUUCGAUGCCACCAGCAUCGCUUGCAUGAUCUUUGGAAAUACGGGGGGACUGUAUGUUAUCAGAAAACUGUUUACACCGUCCGAUGCUGUCCUAGCGGCACUCGGAUAUUGCUGUUACGUGUUCAACAGCUCAAUCCACGCAAUUGCCACCGAAUCGUGGCAACUUUAUGUUGGUAUCGGGGUGUCCUUCAUGAAAGGAAUUGCAGGACCGAUGAGCCGUGCCGUUAUUUCGACAACGGCAACACCGAGCGAUAUUGGAAAGAUUUUCUCCCUGACCACUUCCAUCGAAUCGUUGACGCCGUUGGCAUCGGCGCCCCUGUACACUUAUGUGUACAAAAGUACCCUCUCGUGGUAUCCGGGCGCAUUCAAUCUCAUCACGGCGAGUGUCUACUUUAUGUGUUUCUGCUUAUUGCUGUUCGUGAGAAUGUUCCAGCGCAUGUACCAGCCGCCGACGUAUGCCCUGGUGAACUAGGGACGAUUAUGAGCAACAAUACUGCCUUAAAUUAGUGAAAGCAAUACUGAUUUGUAACGAUAUAUCUAUUUUUGUAUUCAUAGAACGAACCGAUUUACCGGAAUUGUGAUUGAAUAAAUUGUAUUUUUAUAUGACCGCAA